GUCGUAAAGGGCAACGUUGUAGCCGGAGCUGCUGCUGCUCGCCUCAGAGGCAGCUAGCUCCGUUGUUCAGGAACGUGGGGAAGGGUUUCUUUUUUUUCUUUCUCCAUCCCUCCCUCCUUCCUCCCACGCCAGCUCUUGCAGUGGCCGCCGCCCUGCCCGAGAAACCUGCCGGGGAACUACAGCUUCCGCGCCCUGUUGCGCAUGCGGUUUCGUGGGGUCGCGGCGCACGGUAGCUGAGGCUUGAGGGCCGUCGCCGUAAAGCGCGGGCGAUGUCGGAGGCGACGGGCGCGGUGGGGUUGCCCGUGUUCGAGAAGCGGCUGCUGGUGACGGGCGGCGCGGGGUUCAUUGCUUCACAUGUAGUUGUCUCUCUUGUGAAAAAGUACCCAAACUAUUUGAUUAUAAACCUGGAUAAGCUCGACUACUGUGCAAGCUUGAAGAAUCUUGAAACUGUCUCUGAGAAGGAAAACUACAAGUUUAUCCAGGGAGAUAUUUGUGACCCUGAUUUUAUAAAACAGCUCUUUGAAACUGAGAAAAUAGAUAUAGUUCUUCAUUUUGCAGCCCAAACACAUGUAGAUCUCUCAUUUUGGCGUGCCCUGGAAUUUACCUAUGUGAAUGUUUAUGGCACUAAUGUACUAGUUGCUGCUGCACAUGAAGCCAAUGUGGAGAAGUUUGUCUAUGUCAGUACAGAUGAAGUAUAUGGAGGCAGCACUGAUGGGGAAUUUGAUGAAUCCUCACCAAAACGCCCAACAAAUCCCUAUGCUUCCUCUAAAGCAGCUGCAGAAUGUUUUGUUCAGUCUUACUGGGAAAGGUACCAAUUCCCAGUUGUUAUCACACGGAGCAGUAAUGUUUAUGGGCCACACCAAUAUCCAGAAAAAGUUAUUCCAAAGUUUAUAUCUUUGUUGCAACAGAACAGAAAAUGCUGCAUUCAUGGUUCUGGACUUCAAAGAAGGAAUUUCCUUUAUGCAACCGAUGUGGUAGAAGCAUUCCUUACUGUCCUGAAGGAGGGGAAGCCAGGUGAAAUUUAUAACAUUGGAACUAACUUUGAGAUGUCCAUUGUCCAGCUUGCUAAGGAGUUAAUCCAUUUAAUAAAGAAGACCAGUUCGGAAUCUGAAAUGGAACAUUGGAUGGAUUAUGUCAAAGACAGACCUACAAAUGACCUGAGAUACCCAAUGAGUUCAGAAAAAAUGCACAACUUAGGAUGGAGACCUAAAGUGCCUUGGAAAGAAGGAAUAAGGAAAACAAUUGAAUGGUACAAAGAAAACUUUCACAACUGGAAAAACUCAGAGAAAGCUUUGGAGCCCUUCCCUGUGACAGAGCCAUGCACACAGCUCAGCAACCUGUAGGGUGGCGGAGAACUUGAAGGAAUUUAUUCUACCUCAUACAGUCUUUUUCUUCAAAGCCUCCAAGUGGCCACAUGGAACUCUUGAUGUGUUCAAGAUACAUGAACUGUGACGAAUAUGAAACUACAGCGUGGCACAACUUUGGAGGGGUUUCAGCACUUUAUAAGUUCAACCUGUUAAUUUCAGCUUUUGGUGCAAUACUAUAUUCUCACUAUGUAUUGAUUUUUAAAGAACUGUACAGGAUGAAGAAUAUUUAUAAUGCCAUAAAUUAGUGUAACUGUCAAAUCUGCCUCAUUAAUUUAGAAUAAUUAAUUGAGAUUACAGUCUUUUGGACUUUCAAUUACAUUUGUUUUAGUUCUGGUAUCGUUUAUCUGUAUCAAUCUGUUUUUAUAGUCUAAUACAUUAUUUUUGUCACUAUAAAGAGUUGCAUUUUAUUUUUAAUCAAGCGGAAAACUGCUAUAUUUUCUGGAGAGUAUAAAUCAGUUGAUAAAAGCUAGGUACGGCACCCAUAUGGCUCAUUCCUUUUCUCCAUUGGUGCAUUAUUACCUUCUGUAGAUGACUGAUUAAACUUUUAUCUCUUCUGUAGUUUUAAAUACCCUAUUUUAAAGGCGGUAGGGGAGAAAAGUGUCAAGAAGUAGCAGCUGAGGUUUCCAGAAGUAUUUUCUUAAACUUUGCUCUGUUCUAGAUGUCAUCUUUUUACUGUAUUACUGUUUCUUACCUAUUAACUUUCCUUUCUUAACUAAUAGCAGCAAACUUGAAAUACUGUAACACAUUCCACUGGUGUUAUUUCCUGUGCUAUAAAGGAAAGUUAUGGACAAAAAGUUUUAACGCUUCUGUGAAUUGUGGGUUGGCACACCAUAUUCAGUGCAGUGUUUCACAGUUUUGUUGUUGUUUAUUUUUUUUGUGAUAAACAUUUUAAAGAUGAAACAAUAUUUGAAUUUUAAUGUGAAGUUUGGAAGCAAACUUCAAGUCUAGAAAUGUCAAUGAACCUUUUUUGAAGUGGAUUUAAUAAUAAAAGUUACAGUGUAACUGGUUUCUGUUAAGUAAACAUGUUGAAAAAGUA